AUGUCAUUCAAAUAUGGUUAUAUGAAUGAUAGAAUUGAACAAUUUAGAGUAGUCUCUGGAUUAAUUCUUUUUCCAUUAUUAAUCAUUCAAUUCUUUCUUGCUAUUAUCGAUCUACCAGAGCCAAUUGAAUAUGUUCACAAAGAUCCAAUUUACACUCAAAAAUUAUACUUUGUAAUGGAAACUGUAAGCUCAUCGUACUUGUUAAACGAGGAAAAGUAUGAACAAAAAUAUAAUUCAAAAUUGGUUGAAACUUCUGAAUCUGUCAAACCAAACCUAUCAUUUAAUAGUUUAAAGUUGGCAACUACAGGUUUACAUGAUUUUGAAGAGUCACCAUUGUGCUACCGUGAUGGAGAAUAUUAUAAUUUUUGUCAAACUCUAUCUGGUUCAACAAAUGAUUAUCCAGGCGGAUUUCCAAUCGCACCAUUGUACGAUCCAACUAUUGUGAUUCAACAAACGAUAUCACAAAACUUACAAGUUAACAAUCAAACAGUAAAGUUUACAACUUUAUUUCCAGUAGAGAAGAUUCCAUCAACAUUACGAUGA